AUGGAGAGAUCAGGGUAUGCGGGCCCACAGUUCCCUAAAACUGGCAACACAGUGGCCAAGGUGAUUAAGAUGGCAUAUGGCACACUUGCCUUCGUCAGCCGGUGCAUGGAACCUCUGGCUACCUACAACAGCCUCACAGACAAACACUUGACAGGAUAUUUCAACAACACAAGAGUUCGGAGACAUCUCCAGCGAGCUGGAUUGGUCACAAAGAAUGGAAGGAUCGUGUCGGAGAAGGAAUAUCGUCUCAACGUAGUUCGAAAAGACCAUCAGAAGUAUGUGCGGGAGAGUCUGGCCCAGGCGAUAUUCCACAAGGUCCUCGAAAUGGAGCGGCACCACCAACUUGAAAUCAGGAAGAGGUUGGAGGAUUUUGCCAGGAGAGAACGUGUCCAAAGGAUAAAGGUUGAACGAGCCAGAAGGUUUGAUGAAGAUAUCGUCCCGUUCCUCUCCCCUCAUCCCCCAAUUUUUCCUCGCAAUUGUCACUGGAAUGUCUCGAGGCCAGAUGUGGAACACUCCGAUUCCUCAGCAUCUCCUUCAUCACCACGGCCCAGCACAGCCCCAGGGAAACUGCAGCGUCCGGUCAGACUCCUCCCCCUUCAGACAAAUGGAGCAGCAGCAGCCCCAGCUAUCACAACACAGUCCUCUCCGUACCUCCGGCACAGGGAGCAGCACCUGGACGUGACCGAGGGCAUCAACUCCAAACAUCUCCGUGCGCUGGACCGAGACUCGAUCAGGAAUUCGCACACCUUGGAUUUUCCCUCUGGGAUGUCUCCCUACCGUCUCCCAGUGAUCAAUAACUACGUAACCCCAGUCCCACCAGCAGCCCGCAAACGAGAGAAGAAUGGAUGCUUGAGGGGCAGGAGACUGCGGCCGACCACUGCUCCCAACGGGCCAGCCCACCUGCCAGCAAAGGAGAUUCCAAAGUCACACCGAGCUGUCUCACACAGCAAUGUCUUGGUCACGAUGGUUUACCGUGGGAAACACUUACAUCUCUCGUAUGACCAGGCAGAGGCCAGGGAUGAGGUCAAGGUUCACCAGCAGCACUGCGGCGGCGAAAACCUAUGCGUCUACAAAGGGAAGCUUCUCGAAGCAGAAAAAUUCCAGUUUGUGUCUCGCCGACACUCGGGUUUCCCCUUCAGCCUGACCUUCUUCCUGAACGGUAUCCAAGUGAACCGCCUGAGCUCCUGCUGCGAGUAUAAGCACCGCAAGGGCUCCCGGCUUGGCGGCAAGCAGGCCUACUUUGCUUUUGUGGAUGUGGACGGGGCAUCCCCAUGUUACAGAUGUAUUAUCGCCAUGGGUUUGGAUAAGAAACCCACACCACCUUCGAAAAGGGUGAAGGAAGAAGUGGUGAAGGAAGUGGAGAAAGAAAAGUGGGAGCUGACGGGAGACAGAGACAAGUUAACUGUAGUGAAUGCCAGUGGGGAGACCAGUCAGGAAGAAGCAAUGACGGCUGAAUCUUCAGUUGAAGAGGAGAGAAUGCAUGAAGGUCAAAAUUCCCCAGCCAGGACCGAAGACGGAAGUUCCAAGGAGGAGUAUGAUGAUGAUUUUGAAGAGGAGGAAGAGAAAACGAAUGACGAGUUGGGUGAGAGAAAGUCACCUGCAGACCCAGAGAAGGAGAGGUGGAGCUCAGAUGCUGAACACCAGAGUGAGAACUCGGAUGUUCGGGAUGAAGGAUCAGUGAGCAAGAAGGAACACAGCGACUCCUCGGAUAGUGAAAGCGAAGAGGAAUUGUCUCGGUCAGGAGGGUCGUCACGAAGUUCAUCUUAUUCCCCAAGAAGCAGUGAAAUAUCUGAUGGUGAAAGACUGGAAGAGGAGAAGACUGAUGAUGAAGAGCAGGAAAGAUUUACCCUUUCUGAAGAUGAGGGGGAGCACAUGACUGCCAAAAAACUGGGAGCAGCUCCUGGAGAAUCCCAGCAGGAGAGCUGUGAGGUGAAAAUUGUAAAUAACAUAGGGAGGGAGGAUGAAAAAGUCACAGGAGCAGUGGCCUUACUUGAGAGUCAAGUAGAUUCUGAGGAGAAAAUCAUGCAGUCUUCAGGAGGAGAGGAUCAAUCACCACUGAAAGCAGCCACAGGCUCUGAAGAAAAGGUUGGAAUGGAUGAAGGAAUUGAAGCUAACAGGGAGACAAGUGCGAAUGCAGAGAGCAGCAACAAGGAAGGUGCAGAAACAGAUGAAGAACCUUUAGUAACUGUGGGAGUUCAAGACAGACAUUCCAAAGACGUAGCGUUGAGAGGUAGUGAGGUGAGCGUGUGCACUGCGGAGCUCUCUGUGUCUGGGAGAUCUGUUGGUGAGUAAAUGCAGACUCCCGAGUGCUGCCUUUCUACAUGCAUGUCCUGUCCCAGCUCUCUGCUCCCUUUUAGUUACAGUGUUGACCUUGGCUGCAUUUCCAACACAGAAAAACCAACUCUGAAGAGAUGCAGUUACAACAUGUCAAUUAAAACUGAUGCACGGUGUGUUUAGUCUUCCCUGUGUGUGCGUUAAUGGGAGAACCGACCUAUUGUGUUUGCAAAUACUUGAGCUGAACGUGACCAAUAAUUUUAUGCGUGUUUGUAUAAGGGGCUGUGGUGAAUCUCGUAGAAAGCGUUGCAGUUCUUGGUGAUUACAAUGCAGAACUUACAACACAGAAACAGACCAUUUCUGUUCAGUAUGAACCUUCUCCCUUUCACCCUGUCACCAUGUGCUCCAAUUUCACCGUGCAGCAAUCAUGCUUGUAAUUGUUUUUACAGCUAUGCUGUUGUCUCCACAUACUUUACACAACAGCAGCGGUAAAAUAUGGGCUAUGUCGGUUAGUUUGUUCUUAAAGUAGGAUAAAAGGUCAGUGCGACAUUGAGAGUCCAAUGGGCCUAUACUGUGCUGUACUGUUCUCAGCUCUGUAUAAUUCUCAGACUAUCUAUUGCUUUCUCCCUCCUGUCUAGGCUCUCCCUUGAAGUUAACAGGAUAUAGGUUAGUCUUUGUGAAUGAUGCAGAGUAGCCCCCAAUUUGUUAUCAUUGUUCACCGCUGUUCAAAACCAACUUGUAACCCCUUGAAUAAUAAAGCCAAACACUGCAAAUGCUGGAAAUAUAAAAUGGAAAACAGAAAAUGUUGAGAAUCCCAACAAGUCUGGCAGCAUCUGUCAGAGUUUAACAUUUCAUGUCUAGUGACCCUUCUUCAGAACAGUUUGUCAAGCAAUUUCUAUUCUUGUGUUUUAAUCCCCCUGGUUUAACACUGAGCAAAAACCAGCAUUCCUGGAGAUAAUUCACAGACCCAUCAUGUUUGUUUGAACUUCUUGGCAUUCUAUAAAUAGUGGGCACAGUUUCAAAAUAAGGGGCUUCAUACUUUAGAUGAAGGUGAGGAAUUUGUUCUCUCUGACUGUCAUUGGCUGAGUUAGACAGAUUUUUGAUCAUCAAGGAUAUUGAGGGUUGAAAAUGUGUUGCUGGUUAAAGCACAGCAGGUCAGGCAGCAUCCAAGGAAUAGGACAUUCGACGUUUCGGGCAUAAGGAUAUUGAGGGUACAUGGAGACAAAGGAAAAUGAAGCUAGGGCCACAUUUACCCCAGCCAGGAAUGUAUUAACUGGCAGAGAAGGUUCAAGGGGCCAAAUGGCUGACUUCUGUUUGGAGUUCUUAAUUUCUCUAUUGUCUCAACCAAGGAGUUGAGCUGUUUUUCGCCCAGGUUUAACAACUUUAUCAAAACAGCACCAGAAGGUAGUGAGAAUUGAAAUGUACCGACCUUCGGGCCCCCGGUAACCCACAAGCUUGUUCACAGUAGAUGCCAUCUUAUUACAAUUUUAGAUCCUGUUAAUCUGGAUUUCCAGACACUAAACUGAGGGUAAAUUUUAAGGAAAACAUAUGACUUAUUUUUCUGUGAAAUUGCAACUAAAUGAUAAGUGCAGUGAAAUUUGGGGCCUGGGUUAGAAGGGAGAUCUUGUGCUGCAGUAGCUACCAUCCCGGCCUCUCGGUUAAAACCACCAAGUUCAAGUCCUUCUCAAAGACUUGAUGUCCCUGGAAGGUGCAUUUCUGUCUUGACCAAACAGGUUGAAUAUCAAUCUGCAAAUCCUUACUGUGCAUACCAAUGCUAAGAGGGAAAAAUGGGAGAGCUUCCUUGUCAGCCAGGCCUGAUGUCCGCUCAAACUACAGCCUGCGGGACUGGCCAGAAACCUGUUCCAAGAAAACCUUCCUAUGGAAGUAGACUUACACAUGUGCUUCGUCUGCCUCAUAAACCACUAAACACAUGAACACCUUUCAUCCUGCAUCGGGUUUGAGGUACAUAUUUGGGUCUUUGUGAUCCUCCUCCGUCUCUGUCCCCCUCUCCCUCUCCCUCACUUCCUUCCUCCUUGUUUGCAUUCCCUCUUUCCUCUAGCUCUCUGUUCACUCUAUCAUUCUUCCUGCCCAUUCCCGUUCUCCUGUAUGGGGCUCUUUUUCUCUCUCCUAUCUCUUGUUCAUGUUCACCUUCCUCCUUCUCUUGCUCUCCCUCUUUCUCAACUCCUCUCUUUCCCAUCCCUCUAUCUGCCUCUUGGUCUUCUAUUCUUCCUCCUAUCUCUCUUUACCCCUUUCUACCUCAUCCUCUCAAUCCCACAACUUCCUCUCCUUUCUUAAAUCCCUCUUUCUCCCCACUUCCCUCUCUUCCCAUCUCCCUCCCACAUUCCCAUCUCUCCCCACUUAUUUUUGAUUUGCUUUCACAUAGUGUGUGUGUCUCUCUCUCUCCUCUUUUCUCUAUUUUUCUCUUUCUCUUUUUUUCCCCAUGCUCUCUCUCUCCACCACCUCGUUUUCCCCAUACCCUGUAUCUCCCUCCACUCACCCAGUGCUUGGUCCCUCCUGCUGCUGCUGCUCUCUUGAGAAGUUGCCCUUGCGAAAUGCUCCGUCUUGCUACAUUUCCAUCAAAGAUCUCCUCCGUGUCUUGGAGCUCCCCAUCAGGAAUUUGAACGGAUGUUCCUUUGCCCUGCUGAAAAUGGUCCUCGGUCUCUCUUGUUUGGGAUGUUUUUGCGACGUUUCGUGGAUAAAUUGUAAAUUCUUGUGAUGAAUCUCUAGCCCAAAGCUGCCCAGCUGCACAAUGUUCUGGAGAGUUAAGAGAGAGGAGAGAAAACAACAAGCUUGGAUUUAAAGGAUUUAGGAGCACGGGCCAGUCUGGGCUUCCACAGUUAUAUCUUGAAAUAGAACAAAUAUGAACAAGGAAUAGCAGGCUGGUUUGUAACAGCUUUUCAGCAUCUGGGUAACAAAGACAUAGCAGUGCAAUUGUAAAUCAGGCCUGUGGAGCCCUUGCUUUUAAAUUGCAGCAACCAAGCUGUUAGAUUUCUAUCAGAUAACCAUAGCCACAAUUCACAUUGACAUUGUACAGUAUGAGACUCUAUCCAGACCAGGUGCACAGUGCCAUUAUUAGUUGUAUUCUCCUUGAUGUGUUUUGCUUUACCUUUCCUCUGUCCAGUUUGUCCUGUAUCAGUGAUUCACUUCUCAUGUUUUGAGUUUUUUUUUGUUCCUGUAAUGUGUGUGUAUAUGAUGAUGCUGUUCCCCCAUCAUUUGAUUAGACAGCUGAACCUCCAUUAUCUGUUGAGUAGAUGUUUUUGUUUGAUAUCUCAUUGGUUGAUGUGGUGAUGGUGAUGGAGCCAAAGGCUGGGAGCUCAGAUUCCACCAGGUCAAGCUGCGAAUUGAGGUUGAGAUAAUCUGAUAACCUGAAAGUUGGCAAGCUGACCACAAGCACCAUGGCUUUCCCCAGUGGUCCACAGGAGAGAGAACCUGCCACUCUAACCAGGCUGGCCUGAUGGGACUGCACUCGGUAAUGAUCCUCUGGAGUACAAACUCCAGAUGAUUUUCCCAGGGUCUUCCCAAGGGGCAACCUGAGGUAUAGGCAACAAAUACCAACUUUAGCCACUACACACUCAUCCUGCGAUCGAAUGAAAUGAGUCAAAUGCAGAAAGUCCAGAUUCUAGUGCUGCUCAGUUUGGGGGUGACGCUAACACGUCCAGCUCAGGAUCAAACUGUCUAAGUUGUUUCAUAAAGGAGAGUUGGAAAACCGAAAAAUCCUUGGACAAAACUUGACCCUGGGAUAAUAUUGAAAACUAAUUGGAAUAGAUAAAGGGGGUUCUGCACUGUGUGCAUGUGUGUGCGUGGCAGUGUGCUUGUGUGUGCGUGGCAGUGUGCAUGUGUGUGCACGUCUGUCAGUGUGUGCUUGUAUAGGCACAGAGAUCGU